AUGGACCCAAACAAAUGGACAGAUGCAACUGUUCAAAUGUUCAAAGAAUCACAAGAAAUAGCAUUUGAAAGAAAAAAUGCAUACAUUAUGCCAAUUCAUAUGAUGGAAGCAAUUGUUGAAGAAGAAUCAAAUAUUGUUAUCCGAAUAGUUGAAAUGAUGGGAGGUGAUGUUAAUAAAUUAAAGAAAGAAAUAAAAGAAACAAUGAAUAAAAUCCCAGUUCAAAAUCCACCACCAGUUGAUAUUGGACUUCAUCCAACAACACAACAAGUAUUAAGAAGAGCAAUAGAGAAACAAAAAAGAAUGGGAGACUCAUAUCUUGCAAUAGAUGUAAUUGUAAUGUCAUUAAUGGAAGAGAAAGAAAUUAGUACAAUAGUAGGAAAUAGUGGAAUUAAUGUGAAAGAAUUUAACAAAAAAAUAACAGAAAUGAGAAAAGGACAAAGUGUAGAAACAAAAGAAGCAGAAAGUCAGUAUGAAGCAUUAAAGAAAUAUGGAAAUGAUUUAACAGCACAAGCAGAAAGUGGAAAGAUGGAUCCAAUUAUUGGAAGAGAUGAAGAAAUUAAACGAGUUAUUCGUAUUUUAUCAAGAAGAACAAAAAAUAAUCCAGUAUUAAUAGGAGAACCAGGAGUAGGUAAAACAGCAGUAGUUGAAGGACUUGCACAACGAAUAGUUAAAGGAGAUGUUCCAAGUAAUUUACAAUGUCGAGUUAUUGGAUUAGAUAUGGGAGCAUUAAUAGCAGGAGCACAAUAUAGAGGACAAUUUGAAGAAAGAUUAAAAGCAGUAAUAAAAGAAGUUAAAGAAAGUAAAAUACCUAUUAUAUUAUUUAUAGAUGAAAUUCAUACAGUAUUAGGAGCAGGAGCAACAGGAGAAGGAGCAAUGGAUGCAGCUAAUAUUUUAAAACCAAUGUUAUCAAGAGGAGAAUUACGAUGUAUUGGAGCAACAACAUUAGAAGAAUAUAGAAAAUAUGUAGAAAAAGAUCCAGCAUUUGAAAGACGAUUCCAACAAGUUUAUGUAAAAGAACCAAGUGAAGAAAAUACAUUAUACAUUCUUCGAGGAAUACGAGAGAAAUAUGAAAAUCAUUAUGGAUUAACAAUUACCGAUUCAGCAUUAGUUUCAGCAGCAACGUUAAGUAAAAGAUAUAUCAAUGGAAGAUUUCUUCCAGAUAAAGCAAUUGAUUUAGUUGAUGAAGCAUGUGCUACAUUAUUUACACAAAAGAAUUCACAACCAGAAGAAAUAGAUAAAUUAGAAAGAAGAGAAACACAAUUAAAUGUAGAGAAAAUAGCAUUAGAAAGAGACAUUAAAGAAAGUGAUGAAGAUCAUAAUAAAAUGAUUAAAGAAAGACUACAAGAAAUUGAAAAAGAAUUAAGUGAAAAUAAAGAGAAAUUAACAAAAUUACGAAUUAAUUAUGAAAAAGAAAAAGGAGGAAGUGAAGAAAUGAAAGAACUUGCAACAAAAAUAGAAGCUAUGAAACAUAAAGCAGAAAGUACUAAAGAUUUAGAAGUAGCAGCUGAUUUAAAAUAUUAUGGCAUACCAGAAGCAGAAAAAAGAAUGAAAGAAUUAAAGGGAACAAAUAAAGAAACAACAAUGAUAUCAUUACAAGUUACACCAACACAAAUAGAAGAAGUAGUUAAAGAAGAACUACAUAAACGAGUAAUAGGACAAAAUGAAGCAGUAACAGCAGUCAGUGAUGCAAUUAUUCGAAGUAGAGGAGGAUUAGGAAAUGAAAAACGACCAACAGGUAGUUUUAUGUUUUUAGGACCAAGUGGAGUAGGAAAAACCGAAUUAGCAAAAGCAUUAGCAGUUGAGUUAUUUGAUGACGAACAAAAUAUAGUUAGAAUAGAUAUGAGUGAAUAUAUGGAAAGUCAUAGUGUAUCAAGAUUAAUAGGAGCACCACCAGGAUAUGUAGGAUAUGAAGAAGGAGGACAAUUAACAGAGGCAAUUCGUAGAAAACCAUAUAGUGUAAUAUUAUUUGAUGAAAUUGAAAAAGCACAUCCACAAGUAUUUAAUGUAUUAUUACAAUUAUUAGAUGAAGGAAGAUUAACAGAUGGAAGAGGAAGAACAGUUGAUUUUAAGAAUACUAUUGUUAUUAUGACAUCAAAUUUAGGAAGUGAAAUAAUAAUGAAAGGAGUAGAAAGAGAAGGACAAGUUAGUAGAAAAGUUAAAGAAACAGUAAUGGAAAUAGUAAAGAAAACAUUUAAACCAGAGUUUCUUAAUAGAUUAGAUGAUAUUAUAGUAUUCUCACCACUUUCAGAGAAAGAAUUAAAAGAAAUAGUUAAAUUACAAAUGGGAGAAGUGAUUAAAAUGAUUAAAAAGAGAUAUCCAUUAAGUGAAGUAGAAAUGACAGAAUCAGCAAUAGAAGGAAUCAUUAAAUCAGGAUAUUCAAUAGCAUAUGGAGCAAGACCAAUGCGACGAUAUAUAGAAAAGACAGUAGUAACUUCAAUAACAAAAUCAAUAAUAAGUGGAAUAAUGAAAGAGAAGAAUAAAAUUCAAAUAGAUUAUGAAAAUGAUAAAAUUCAAGUCAAAAUAACAGAUAAAUAA